UUUUACUUAAUUAAAAAGCGUACAAUGAAUGAAUAAUUGUGAAUGGAUUUUCUAAAUGACACAAUAAAGUAAAAGGAUUUGUGAUCAAUUUGGAUUUAAUUUUGGCCUCAGGGACAGAAUGACAUUACAUAUGGUGGUGGUGCUCGGGGGGAGUCUAAUUCCUUGAAGGUCCUUGACAUGAAAAGCUCCAACAACUCUUGAUGUUACCAGUUCUAUCCAUCAUUAAAGUUUUUCAAACGUUUUAGUGGGCUGCCAGAUCAUAAAUAUGCAACAUACGUGCGUAUACAAUGGUUGCCUGUCUCUUUAAGACGAUGUGUUGAGAAGUUCAAGUCGGGGUCACUUGAAGUUCCUGCCCUCUAUCUUACCUUUUAGUUUUAUUAUAGACUGACAUCACACGGGGCGCUAAAACACUUAAGGCGCAUAGAGGCUUCAUUAUCAUACCGGUGCGCGUUAUUGCUCCGACUCAAAAAUAGCUAAGGAAAUUACUAGAAAAAAGAAAUAGGAGGAAACUGGUGCUGGUCUAAGCACGUAUUUUUUUAUAGAAAGGGAUGAGAAAGAGGGGAGAGGAGGGGCAGAGAGACACACAGAAAGAGGGAGAGGGAGGAAAGUGGGUGGGAGGACGGACCUAAGGAGCGACAAGAAAUUCAUAUCAAUUAAUAAUCAUAAAAAAAGAGCUGGCAGACGCGCUCGGAAAACUGGCAUGGUUUUUUGGAGGCUGGCAGUUCAAAGCUGAAACGUCAGAUAUGACUCCUAGACUGCUGAGAUGAUCAUUAAGGGAGACUUAGAUCCGAUGGCAGAAGACAUCGGGCAUGCAGAUAUCUGUUGUUGCAGGUGGCGGACUGAAGACGAUGCUGGGUGCCAUGGAAGUUCCAAGUCAUGCUAGGGAUCUCCUCCUGCAGCUCAACAGCCAACGAACCAAAGGCUUCCUGUGUGAUGUUAUCAUUGUGGUGCAGAACGCCCUCUUCAGAGCUCACAAGAACAUUCUGGCUGCCAGUAGCCUCUACUUGAAAUCUUUGGUGGUCCAUGACAAUCUCAUCAACCUCGACCACGAGAUGGUGAGUCCAGGGGUCUUCAGGGUCAUUCUGGACUACAUCUACACAGGCCGCCUUAGUGAGGGAGACCCCACUUCUCCCACUGAACCCAAUCUAGGGGCUGUCUUGGCAGCAGCCAGCUACCUUCAGCUGCUUGACUUAGUGGCUUUGUGCAAAAAGAAGCUGAAAAGAAAUGGCAAGUACCCUCCCCGCCCAGGUCCUGCAUUUCUGCCCUACCCAAAGAUGGGGCCCAAUAGCAUGGGUUUAGGGAGUGGUGGCAGGUAUAGGAUUUCUACUCCUGUCAUUCAAUCCUGCCCUCCAGGAGGAAUUUUGAACAGCCAUGCAACCCGGGCAUCACCACUAGAGGAGCUAGUUCCCCAUCGACUAGCCAUUCAUGCUGGGGAGCUGUAUGCUCCAACCUCCAUCCAGGGCUGUCAGGUGUUCCCGUCCCUGCAGUCUGCUCUGCCCGCCCAGCUUGGGCGCUCAGCCCACCCUGAGAGGAACUGCUCCCCCAACUACGGCCUGGAUCUCUCCAAGAAAAGCCCCAACUCCCAGUCACAGCACACACCCUCUCGAUCCCAUCUGGCAAACGCUCACAAUAAUGACGAGCGAGACGGGACCCUGAGCGGCCGCGCCAGUCCCAUGCAGAGAAUGAAUGGAAGGGCCUUCCCCUCAGAAAAAAUGGAGUCCACCGACCAGGCAAGCUCCCUCACUCCUCCACAUUUCCCCCAUCUCAACCAGCCUCUUGGCCCACACCUCCCCCACCUGCACCGCUCAGGCUCCCAGGCCAGAGAUCGCUACCCAUGUCCCCCCAGCCCUGACACCCCAACGGAAGCUGGAGAGACGGGCAGAGAUAUGGGCAACAUCUACCGCUGGGUGAAACAUGAGCCACUAUCAUACACAGCUGAAGAUGAAGAUGAGGAUGAGGAUGAGGAGGAAGGGGGUGAAAAUGGAAACCAGCAUCAUAACCACAACAAGGCUGGGGAGGAGAGUGAAGGAGCCGACGACAAGAGCGGGUCAGGCACAGAGGAGACAGGCAGUAGUGAAGGCCGCCCGUCCCCUUCUGGACCGAUGGGGAGGUUCCACAUGCCGUAUGAGCCAGAGAGCUUCGGGGACAAUCUAUAUGUCUGCAUCCCCUGUGACAAAGGCUUCCCGAGCUCAGAGCAGCUCAAUGCACACGUGGAGACACACACGGAAGAAGAGCUGUAUGGCAACUCUGGUGGCGAGAUGGGAAACAGCAAUAACAGCAGCACCAAAAACAUAAGCAGUAAUACAAACGGUUAUGGGAGCAGUUUGAACAGUCUGUCCCACCUGGACACCAAGUCCAGCCAUGGGCUGAGCUCAGGGGGCAUCGGAGAGAUGAUCCGACCCUACCGCUGUUCCUCCUGCGAGAAGUCCUACAAAGACCCAGCCACUUUGCGGCAGCAUGAGAAGACCCACUGGCUGACUCGGCCUUACCCUUGCAGCAUCUGUGGCAAGAAGUUCACGCAGCGGGGCACCAUGACCCGCCACAUGCGCAGCCACCUGGGCCUUAAACCUUUUGCCUGCGACUCCUGUGGCAUGCGCUUCACCCGCCAGUAUCGCCUCACCGAGCACAUGCGCAUCCACUCCGGGGAGAAGCCCUAUGAAUGUCAGGUGUGCGGGGGAAAGUUCGCUCAGCAGCGCAACCUCAUCAGCCACAUGAAGAUGCACAGCAGUGGAGGGACUGCGGGGGGCCUGACCACAGAUGGGAAGCUGAAGCUGGACUUUGCUGAAGGCAUCUAUCCUCUGAGUAAAUAUGCAGCAGAGCAUCUGGGGCUGAAGCAGGAGAAGGCCAAUGAGCUUCUCAUCCAAGCCCAGCAGCAACUUGUUGCUGAUGCAAAGGUCAUAGAAAGCCUUUACCCGCUGUCCAAACUGGCCUCAGAGCACCUGGGCCUCUCCCACGACAAGAUGGACGUCCUGGGCCAACCCCUCCCCCCUCCCCAACAGGCGCUCUCCGAAGCCCGCACCAUUGACCGCUACUCACCCAGCUAAGACCACAGGACCUGUAUAAAUGGCAUUCACCGAUAGGUCUGUGUGUGCACACAUAACUUGCAGUAUUCUAAAGCCAUUCACCUCAACUCAAUAUCUCCACUGCACCUCAGACUCAGGCCAAGAGGAAUUGGUCUGUUCAUGCACACCAACAUGUGUAGACUGUAAGUGCCUUUCUAUGCAUCUAAUGUAUCUUUAAGUCCUCCUUCAUAAAGGAGCUCUGUGCUAUUUCGUGACCAAGAGACACUCACUCAAACAAGUACAGUAUUUAUGUACAGUGUAUGCAAAAAAACGUUUGAAAAUUACAGCCAUUGAGCCAAAGUGACAAAUUGAAAACCCAAAUGAAAUUGUUUUAUUUAUUUUUCUAUUAUUGUGAACUCCAAAGAGAAACUGUUGCAAGGAAACGUUGCAAUCUGACCCUAAACCUGUGUACUAUUAAAUAUCAUCUUUUUACAAAAAAUGAAAAUGCACAUAAGGACAAGAUUCAGGGUUUCGGUCCAGACCUGAGCGGAACUUUUACCAAAUGUAUACGCCAACUCUUCUGGACUUUAAAGUAAUGGGUGGAUGUAUCUUUUUUCUUUUUCUUUUUUUUCUGUUGUGGGGGUACUGGACAAUUUAUGUAUCUCACUCUCCAGCUUCUCCAAAUCAUGCUCAUGCUUCCCAAGUCGCAAGGAAAUGACUAAACGAUAAGAGCAAUUGCUUCGGCAUUUCGGUAAAGUGUCCUCUGUUUUAUUUCCUCCACAUUUUGAAAAGUAACCCACUCCCCCACGUAUUUUGUGCGGAUAAAGGCUCCUACUAUGUGACAGUUAUAGUAGCUUAAUCAGCCUUACACGCGUGUAAACCAUCUUGAGCUAAAGCUUCCUUUGCAUUUUGACUAACAUCCCUUAGCUUUCAGUUGUUAUUGAGAGGCAGUAAGCACAGCCCUGUGAUCUCAUAACUGGGACAUCAUUACACAUACCCAACUGAUGACACACUAAUCCCUGUUCAUGAUGAGUGCAGCUUCAUCUCAUGGUGCAGACGAAACUUGGGUGUUGCCUCUGACAUUGUGUAGUAUUUGCAAUUACCGUUGCAGCCAAUCAGAAAAGGCUCGGACAGAAUUAUUUGCACAGAAAUGUGUCAGUUACUAUCAGGAGCAAUUACUCUAUUUACAGCAGCACAAUGAUUCAUCAUGUAGCGGCAGUAGUCGGAUGCCGUGUUGCAGCUCCGCUGUCAGACCUCUCAUUUGGCCUCCCUCCCCUGUAGUCUGUUGUCUGGGACCCCUGCUACUGUUGACAGGCCAAAGUGAGAGCCUUUGCUUUAAACGCGCUCCACUCCACUCACCACACACAUAUAUACACCCCACCUCCCUCCACACACACACACACACACACACUUAGUGAGCUGCUAAUCUGUCUGUGAUAUGAACAUAAGAAGGGGUUUGUGGGUCUUCCCUGGAAGCCAGCGGGUGAACAGCACAUCCCAGCUGCUGGGCCUCAGUAAUCCCUGUGAAAUUUCACUUUCUCCUGGACAAUUCCCACUGCACGCCGGCAUGAUGUCCCAUUUCAUGCCUGCCAUCUUACCCCUCUGAUCCACUUAUUAACAUCAUAUCCGAGCCUAGCAAAUGUCUGCCGGCCUGGCCUCCCUUCCCCGCUGGUAUCAGACGCGGAAACAAAGAAUGACAUAUUUCUGUGUUGGCUGACCAGCAGUUCCUCCAGCUUGAAAACAAAAGAGCACUUAAAGGUUGCGGGUUGACGGCACAUUUUUGUCUUUAAAAUGUUUAUUCCAAAGAACAUGCUGGCCUUUUCUUUUCCUUUUUUUCCACUUGUACUGGUCCUUGAUUCAGAUCAAAAAUGUCUGACCACUAUAGUGCCAAUGCCAACCUCAGUGGGUGAAUGUGAAGACUAAAGCCAUAAAUACACUGUGAUAGACGUGGUAAAUCUUAAAGGCUAAAAAGAAAAACACAGAGACAACGUGCCUGACUUUUGAGAUUGUUUUUUUUUAUUUUUUAAAUGUAACAAUAAUUUAAGGGCUUCUCUUUUCUGUAGCAUAUCAUCAUAUCAAACAUGUUGUUUUCUGUCACUUACUUUUCUUUAUUUUGAUUUGAACUGAAAGCAGCGCACGUGAAACUGGUGCUUACCUCAGGACUGAACCCAGCAUGGGGACGCUAAGCUUUACUAAACCUUUGAAUUAUCAACACACACACAAUUACACAGACACACAUGCACACACUCACACACAGUUUUUUUUAUUUUCAUAUUAACAGGGCAGUUGUCCUGUGUUAAACCUGUGGUUAUUUCUGUGUUUAUACAUUUCUUGUUACAGUUUUAUGAUGGAGAGAUAACAUGUGAUAUUAACAUAUUUUUUGUUUUUAUUUUUACUAUGCGGUAUACAUUUUCUAUUGUGUUGUCCUCAAAGAGGUUUGUUGUGGUGAGGUUUCUUCAAUUCUCCAACUCCAAUUUGACCAAUUCCAUUGUUACAACAUAAGGCAAAGUAAUUUUGGUAGUAUCUUAACUGGCUGUUUGUGAAUUUCUAAACCUCACUUUAGUGAGCAUCAACCUUUGGUAUCAACCACACAUACAAGGUCUAGGUGACAGGUGUUGUGCUUUGAAAUGUCUCCACAAGACAUAAUGUAUUCCCAGUACUUCCCUAAACAGACGAGCAGUGGCUUUGCAGGGCGAGUAUGAACACUAGCCUCAUAUUGUGUGACCCCUUUUCUCCAGAGGUUAGUGAACCUUCAAUGACGGGAGUCAGACCGAGGCUGCCCAUACACACAAACACACAGGAAGUCAGCUUGUUUUGGAUGACGCUUCAAGUUUUGGGACUUUUUCGUUUAGCUCUUUGACAAAUAAAAAGAAAGGAUAGCAUCAAUUAAACAGUAAGUGCUCGGUCCACAAGCUUGUGCAUACGUGCUAAAAAUGUUGGGGGAGAAGGAAGUAACAGACGUGGGAAUUUCAGUCCUCUCACUCCUUCUCAUUCACUAGUUUAAAUGAAAGUCGGUCUCCUCCUUUUCCAUGCCUUACACCAUUAAAAUAACAGAAAGCGUUUCCACUGUCACUCCAAAUCUGUGCAGGAGGGAAGAGCAAGAUAAUGGCUGAACACUUCUGUAGGAUGUGCACUGUUUGAAAUUUGCUUAAUUGCAUUAAUGUGUAUGACAGACGGAGGGCGAGGGUUGUGUAUCUAUAGAGAGGGGAAGCGUUUGCUUGUCUGUUUGUAUGUUCCAAUGCCAUUUGAGCGUACGGAGGGCCGUUAAUGCAUGUCCUGGGAAUAGGGUCGGUGUGAAGGAGAAGAGCUAAGGAGCAGGAAGUGAACUUUUGGCUGGUGUGUUGUGUUGAGCAGGAUGUGCCGUGUGUUUCUGCUCAGAGGCAGAUAGAGAGACGGAGAAUGGGGAGGGAGAGGAGCAGGGACGGCGCAGCAGGGUGGAUGCGAGCCAUUGUCUCAGUAUGAAAGCCUGUUCGUACUUCUGAAACCCUCCAUUCAGAAAACAAGUAGACUGUAUCUUCUCUUUUCCUUCCCCUCUUUGCUCUUUGGGAAUAGACCUCUGCUCAGUGUCACGGUGAUACGACAUCACGGGCUUUCAAGGGCCGCGCGGCGAUUUCGACAUUCUCUUACAAUUUGAGGACAUUGAGGAUAAAAUGGUUUGACGUCCUUUUGGUCACAGGAAUUCAUCCCGGUAUUUUUACAUAUUUUUAAAUAUCUAUUUUUAAUUGGGGCAGGGUUGAUCAUUAUGGAGGGCCUAGAAACUAUAAUGUAAAUCACAAUUAAAAAACUGGCAGUAUUUUUAUUGCUCUGUUGUUGAUUCAAUUAUUGAAAUUACAAAAGUCUUGUUUCAAUUUACUGGUGUAGCCAUGCGCCCCUUGGGGUUUUAUGCCACAUGCCUUUAUUAAUGUUAUUUAUUUGACAUAACAACCCAGAAAACCUCUCAUUGCCACCAAAGUGGUUUAGAUGAAGAUGUUUUGAAAAGUAAUACAAUCAGGCAUCUAAAACUAUUUAUUAGCUACAUUAAUUGAUAUAAUAAAUAUAAAUGAAAGCAGUAAGUGAAACCACCAACAUUUUAUUAUUUAGGCCACUUCAUUCCUCUCUAAUAUUGUUAUGGCGAGCAUCCCGGGGCCGUAGCUUUUAUAACACUAACAAUAUAGAAGUAAAAACCAGGAUGAGUUCCAAUGGUCCUGCGUAGACCAAAAAAGGGUUUAGGUUAAAUGUUGAAAAAUUCAAAGUAUGCCUUUAAGCUUUCUACCAGCGCCAGCGGGCUGAGGUCACCUGUGUGACUCUGAUCUGCAAUCAUAGCGCUAUUUGACAUUUAUUGUAUUUCACAAUGUGUGCCAAAAGAACUGAAGCAUUUAGCAGACAUCGCAGAUGCUCAAAGCAAAAGUCAGAGACAAUAUUUGUAGUUUCCACGGGUUGCGUUGUCGAGCUAAGCUUCUGACCAACUUUGACUUUGCCUUAUUAUGAAAGCCAUUCUCUUUGUGGCUAAUGUGGCUUGAGAGCACAGCGCAGACAUGCCACUAUUGUCCAGUGUACAUAUUUCUUUUUUACAAGAGUUCAUUUUAAAUGUAAGCUAGAGCCGAAUGAUAUCAAUAAUCAAGCCUUGUUUUGGUGUUGAAACCAAAAACUGACUCUUAAGUCAACCAAUGCAAACGUGCCUUCAAUAUAACUGCAAUAACUUGUAUGUAUGCCUGUGUGUGUAGGUGCUCUGAUGUGUCCACAUAGUGCACCUGCCCAUCUACAUGUCUGAACGCCUUUCCCACAGUGUAGCAGGGUGAAGUACAAGAGAGAGAUUUGACACUUUCAAGAGUCUUUAUUACAAGCAGCUGCUUUAGAUUUAUUUCCCCAAACUGCACUUUUCUGGAAAAAUCAUUGUAUUGUGAUUUUUUUAUUACUCUUAUGAUCCCCUAGAAGUCCCACAAUUGCCUUUCUUCUGGCUCUUUGCUCUCUUUUGCUUUCCUCCUCUUCCUCC